AUGGCUGACCCGUGCGCGCCCCGCGGGCCCGGUCGGCUGAUCGGGGUGAUAUUCUGCCUGCUCAUGGUGCUCAUACUCGCGCGGGAGAUCGGUGCGCUCAUGGGCGCGAGGGUGGAGCUCCCCGGCACGACGGAAAACCCGACGUGGACCUCCCCAGCGGCGAUCCGGGAGGCGGUGGGCACCGUGCGUGGACAAAUUGUGGAAGCUCCGGUGGACGCUAGACCGGAGACGAAGCGACCGCCGUACGGGGUGAACGAGAGCGUGCGGCUCGAGGAGGUGGAUGAGUCCUGCCACGGCGAGGCGUCGCUCGAUAUCGACGGACCGGCGGUCGUGUGGGGACUCGACCAUUUGCUCUCGAGCGCCCAGGAGUGCUGCGAUAGGUGCAAGGCACAGGCGAGAGGCGCGAGGGAGAAGGGCGAGGGCGCGAGGGCGUGCAACAGCUGGGUGUUUUGCCCGCUCCCCGAGUGCUGGUCCCCGGACAUUUGGAACCACACUUUGGGCGAGUGUUGGCUCAAGACGCAGGACGACGCCAGGAAUCCAAAGAUCAACUUUAGGGGCGCGUACCCACCGGCGUUUCGGCGCGAGCACUCGACGUCGCCCGCGCACGUGCCGUGGCAGGCGGGGGUGCUGUUAGAGUGA